AUAAACGAAUGUUGAUAUAUAAACCAAUUAAUAUCAAAACUCAGAAAGUUAAAACAUAAUGCUGCAUGCAAUUAUGCAAAUCAUUCUUUCAUAACAUUUACAAAGUAAUAGCAAAUUUGAGAUGUUUCGCAUAAAUAUACCACCAGCUCAUUUGAGGCAUAUACGGAUUUGAUAUGAUUCGAUUCAUCAUUAUUUAUAAUAUAUACUUAACUGUACACAUGAUUAUAUAAUCACAAAAUGAUCUGUCUUAUAAUGUACUUAUGCCGAACCUUUGCACAGUCUGCGUAUAUAUACACACACAACUAAACCCAAGAGCUACAACAAGCACUAAAACUCAUCUAUCUUUCUCUCUCCCUCUCAUCAUCAUCUUUGGCCAUGGCGAAGGACUUGGAGGUGCAAGAGGGAAGAGCGGCGAGGGAUUACCAGGAUCCACCCCCGGCCCCAUUGUUUGACAUGGAGGAGCUUGGAAAGUGGUCGCUCUAUAGAGCGGUCAUAGCUGAGUUUGUGGCUACACUUCUCUUCCUUUACGUCUCAAUCCUCACCGUAAUCGGGUACAAAGCUCAGACCGACACAAGCGCCGGAGGAGCUGAUUGCGGCGGUGUUGGGAUAUUGGGGAUUGCGUGGGCUUUCGGUGGAAUGAUCUUUGUUCUCGUUUACUGUACCGCCGGUAUCUCCGGUGGUCAUAUAAAUCCGGCUGUGACGUUCGGACUGUUCUUAGCUCGAAAAGUGUCAUUGGUGAGGACAGUGUUAUACAUUGUGGCUCAGUGCCUUGGUGCCAUCUGCGGUUGCGGUCUGGUCAAAGCAUUCCAAAGUUCUUACUACAACAGAUAUGGAGGUGGAGCCAACCAGCUUGCGGAAGGCUACAACAAAGGUACCGGACUAGGGGCCGAGAUCAUCGGAACAUUUGUCCUUGUCUACACCGUCUUCUCGGCCACCGACCCCAAGCGAAGUGCACGUGACUCUCACAUUCCUGUUUUGGCGCCACUUCCCAUUGGUUUUGCCGUCUUCAUGGUUCAUUUAGCCACCAUCCCCAUCACCGGAACUGGAAUCAACCCUGCCCGUAGCUUCGGAGCCGCAGUUAUCUUCAACCAAGAAAAGGCCUGGGACGACCAAUGGAUAUUUUGGGUGGGACCGAUGAUCGGAGCAGCAGCGGCUGCGUUAUACCAUCAGUUUGUUCUAAGAGCGGCUGGAAUUAAAUCUCUUGGCUCCUUUAGGAGCUCUGCUUAACUUGAAUUGUUUUAAUUAAGCCACAAGUUAAUCUUUCUUCAAAUGAGGAUGAUUACCUGUAUUAAGCGUAAGCUACCUAAAGUUCAAAAUAAGAAGCGUAAGCUACGUGUAUCUUCUAUUUAUUUCUAUGUUCUGUUUUUAUAAUUUCUUGGAAUUUUCCCAUUGGUCGCAAACCUGGUUUUAAUUAAUGUUGCUUUAAAA